CUUUAAGCUGUGUCGUGCGUUUGUUGUGUCUGUCGGAGCUUCUGGUUGACGUCUGGACGAUGGCUCUGAUCUCUUUCGAGGAUCUGGAGGGAUUGGAUGACGAGCAGGUGGACGAUGAUGUCACUGACAGCUCUGAGCCAAUGGAUGAUGAGGAGCAGGACCGAAUGUACGCCCACUGGCAGGCGGUGGGACGAACGCAUCACGUGGCGGUGCCUACAGAGAUGAGAGCACCAAUAGAAGAGAUGACGCGGAGGAACCAGAGCGCAGAGCGAGAGCAAGUGCCUUUUGUCACCAUCUCCAGACAUGAGAAGCUCGGCGAGGUGUUGUAUGAAGAACGUGUGUAUCCUCCUGGGAAGUGGGCUUGUGUGAGUAAAGCAGACGCGCUGUAUGAGCAGAGCAUCUCCAACGGCUUCAUGAAACUCAUGCGCUUCAUCUGCAAGGAGAAUUCAACAGGCCGGUACCUCGGCAUGUCUGUGCCUGUAGUGAACGAGAUCACGAUGGCGGACGAUGGCACAAACUUCAUGAAGGACGUGCUGACGGCGUAUUACCUGCCCGCGGAGUACCAAGACGUCCCGCCACAGCCCACAGACCCCGACAUACACAUCAUCCAGAGGGACAGCAUCAGGGUCAUCACCAGGGUGUUUUUCGGGACCACGACGGAGGAGACCAUCUCUCGUCAGAUCAGCAACCUGUGGGAGCUCCUGGGCAACUCUGAGGAUCUCCUGCGGGAUCGCUACAUGAUCGCCGUUUACGAAAACCCCGGCGUCCCACAGCGCAGAAACGAAAUCUGGUUCAUCCGCCGCGGCCCGUAAACACAACGCAGAGUUUCACAGUCUAAACCGCUCUAUCCUUUAGUGUUGUCGUGAGUGUGAUGCUGAAAAACGUGCCGGUGAGUAAAGAGACCACAGUUAUUUACACCGUAGAUAUGAUUAUAAAUGCACUGCAAAUGGGAUGGAGGAUUCCUGCUGGCAUUAUUUUAACCGUAUAAACAAACGUUUGAGAAUAUUCAUCAAACUUUCUUGUGUUUUUUUAUUGUUUUCAUCUAAAUGGUAAUGUUUUACAAUACUUGAAAUUGUAUUUUUAUUUCUGCUCCUUAAAGGUUUUCAUAGCCCUGUAACCUGGCAUUUUCUGCAAUUAUUUGGAUGUUAUUAUAAUAAUAUUAAUGACUGAACUGUGAAGUUAAACUCACUCAAUAAUGGCAUUUUUAUUGAAUAUAUUCUGUAUAUUGAUGGAAAAAAGUUCAGAGGAAAACCUUGCAAAAACAAUAUAUAUAUAUAUUUUCACUCUU